GCCAUGGCCAUGGCCAGCCAGGCUUUUGAACCCGGUGCCGGCUUCCCCGGUCGCACCCCGACAGUCCAGAGGGGGCCGGGGUGGGUUCCCAAUCGGAAGCACGGCCAAGAGCCCAAAGCGGCAGGCCUCGAGUCGAGCACUAUAUCCCCAACAUAUCACCACCUCUUGGCUUCUGCAGUCCACCGCCCGCCCCCUUUUGCUUCAAUGACACCCAAGACCACGGCCAAUUUGCGGAGCCCACCUCUCCGCUGCUCGACGACACCGCUGUACUACAUGGUAUAUUUCUUACACAUAUAGCCACUGGGCAGCCGCGGGUGUAUUGUAUUAUAUGAAUAUGUAUACAGGUAGACAGAGCCCAGGUCUGCUCCCGAUAACCCCAACAUUCGACAGACACACACACACACACACAGACAGAGCCAAGAUGCGUUUCCACGUCCUCACCGGCCUCCUGGCCCUGGCUUCUACGACCUCCGCUGCCAUCACCUGGACCUUGCAGAAGGCCGCAAACCCUACCACGGACCAGGCCGACGCCUACGCCAAGAUCGAGGCUGCCAUGAGGCUUGCUGUUGCCCGCUACGCCAGGUUUUCCGACGCCACCAAGAGGCUGACGAUACAGUACGAGCCGAGUGUCGCCACCGCCGACGGCAACUACAACGGCAACAUACGCUUCGGGUCCAACAGGUCCUACAUGACUGAACGCACAGCCAUGCACGAGAUCUCCCACACCCUGGGCAUCGGUCAGACUGCAGCCUUCGACACCAAGUGUGCGGCCAAUGACUGGGCCACGGCAACGCCACUCUUGAGGUCCUGGGACGGCUCCAGCGCCAAGAUCAACUGCGGAGGUGGCCACAUCUGGCCCUAUGGGCUCAACUACGAGACAGAAUGGAGCACAACAAAUGCAGACAGGCAUGUGCAGCUAAUUGAUGCCAUGCUGGCCGACGGGCUGUGA